AUGUCCGCUCCGGCGCCCCAGGUCCUGCCACGCAGGCCUAACGGAGCGCCUCACGCCACGGCCGGCCCACAGAGCGACUCCCUCCCCAAGGUCAGCAGGCGGCUCGGCGGCUCGCGACGGUCAACUUCUAACGACGAGCGCCAGGUCAAAUCCUCCCGUGAUGGUCAUCCGCAGAGGCCCGCCAGGGGCAGAGGCGCUGGAGACAAGAGCGGCGAUGCGGCCAAGGAACCGUCGAGGCGAUCAAAGCCCAAGGCUCACAGCGAAGGCGAGAAACUCGUCAUACGACGUCUCCCGCCCGGCAUGACCCAGGCCGAGUUCGUCUCUAUUCUGGGCCCCGACUGGGAACUAAACAAGGGCAAGGUCGACUGGUUCUCCUAUUGUCCCGGCAAAAUCUCUACCGACCCUGCAAAGCCGUCGCGCCCCAGCCGUGCCUACCUCCACGUCAUGCGAAAGGACGACAUUAUGCCCCUCAGCCAGGCCGUGCGCGCCGCUACGUGGGAAGACGCCAAGUCGACAUUCACGAGUCCCUCGCUUAUUGGCCCGCCAAGCUUCGAGUUCUCGACCUACAAGAAAAUCCCCGGUAACAGGCGACGAACCGACCCCCGACAGGGAACCAUCGACCAAGACCAGGAGUUCAUGGCCUUUCUCGAGGGGCUUGCCAACCCGGUUCCCUUAAGGGAGAGCAUAGACGUCGAAGACGCGGACGAGGCCGCCAAGGAAGACACCAAGAUCACUACUACACCACUCGUCGAGUUUCUCAAGGAGAAAAAGGCCAACAAGGCCAAGGAAGGCGGGUCCGGCAAGAACGCAAAGUCGGUGUCUGCCAAGGGCAAGGGGGGCUCGAAAGAGGAAGACUCUUCUAAGAAGAGGAGCAAGGAGCCCAAAGCCGACAAAUCUGACAAGCCCGCCAGAGAACCAGUCAAAAUCCUGAUGAAGAAGGCCUCGACAGAGCAGCCAGCGGAGGCACCCCGCAACGCAGUGAGCCACGCCGCAGCCGCCAAUGCCAGCGACGCUCCCAAGAGUCGCCGCGCUGGCAUCGCCGCAGCCGCGAGGAUCCUGCAGCGCGAUCUCGGCCUCAGCCCGGGCAGUGCUCAUCGACGCGCCAGGCACGACGCCGCCAAAGCCGAGGGCGACACCAAGCCACCAACCAAGGAGCCUACGGCUUCGCCACCCAAGGGUCGGUCGAAGAGCCCCGUUGCUGCCAAGUCGCAGCCAGCAGGUCGCAGGGCUCGCAGUGGCAAGGCUACCGCUGAAAAGAGCAAGUCUGCCGACAAUAACGCCGCCCCGCCCGCGGCCGUCAACCCCCCCGUGAUCCUCAAGAAGAAAGGCGACGACGAGGCUCCCCAGACAAGCGCGGAUGCGCGCCCGGCCACCGCCAAGUCAGCUGCCAACGGGAAGCCGACGCCGGCACCGUCUGCCAAUGCGACCAGAGGCGGCGGCAGCGGCAACAAGUCGGCAGCCUCGCAGAAAAGGGGCCCGGCGGGAGCCACCGAGGCGGCGCUGCGACAGGCUCUCGAUGUCUUUGGCGCCAUCACCCUCGUCGAGGUGGACAAGCGCAAGGGCUUUGCGUACGUCGACUUUGCCGAGCACGACGGCCUCGUCAAGGCCAUCAACGCCAGUCCCGUGCAGGUCGCCCAGACGGCGGUGCAGGUCCUCGAGCGCAAGGACAAGAAGCCCGCGGCUGCCAGCUCCGCGGCCGGCGCUAGUCCCGGCGCGGCGACGGCGGAGAAGACGGGGAGUCGCGGGCGGCGCGGCAGAGGCGGGGGUGGCGGCAACAGGGCCAACGGCACAGCCACCGGUCCGGCUCCCGCUGCUGCUUCUGCGAGCACCGGCGGCUCUGGAUGA